AUGACCCAACAAACUCUCAAAAUAAUCAAACUCACCCCCGAGGAGCUAUCAACUCAAAAAAUAAGCUCCCAUACCCUCCAAGCAUCCUUAGAAGCCCUCCACAAAGACGGAAUCCUUGCCCUCGAAAACGCCGUGAACACCACGCACCUCGACAAACUAAACGCGCGCAUGAUCCCCGAAGCCCAAAAGCUCUACUACAACGAAACAACUCACCGCAACUUUGGCCAAGCAACGGGGAACAUCCAACAAGAACCCGUCGUCGAGGGGGACUACAUCUUCGAAGACAUCCUCGCCAAUCCAUGGGCGACCUGUAUAAUCGAGCACAUGAUCGGACCAAACCCGCAACUACGCUUCUACAGCGCCAAUACCGCAUUCAAAGCGAAUGGUCGACAACCACCGCAUAUAGACGUUGACUUUGCGAUGCCCCGCAUACCGUUCGGUUACUGUAUCAAUAUCAAUCUAGUCUCCACGUCGCCGGAGAACGGGGCAACGGAGUUCUGGCUGGGUAGUCACACGGACACGGACGAGACUGUAUUCGAUCGAGAGGCGGAUGACCUGCAGAUCAAGGCUGAGCUAUUAGAACAGCGAAGAAAGAUUAGUCCGCCUAUUCAGCCGGGUUUACCUAAGGGAUCGUUGAUUAUUCGGGAUCUUAGGCUUUGGCAUGCUGGUAUGCCGAAUAAGACGGAUGAGCCGAGGGUGAUGUUGGUUUCUAUUCAGUUUCCGAGUUGGUAUCGGAGUGAUCAGAGGUUGGUUUUGCCGAGGGCUUUGGAGGGGAAGAUUGAUUUUGGGAGGACGGUUCCUUUUGUGAAGUGGGUUGGGGAGGAUUAUGAUUAUUUGCAGGGUGCUCAUGAUCAUGAUUUGACGUUGAAGCCGUGA